UGUUGGUAUGCAGACACACCUGUUUACAUGACGUCUACACUGAGCAGCACAGAACACAGGCAAAAAAACAAACAGCUGGGAAGAGAAAGGACGAACCGUAGGUUAGUUCUGAAUAUCUGUACACACCAUGUCCCUUCCUGCCGAAUUCCUGUCCGAGGAGCAGCUGUCCUGCUCUAUUUGCUUAGACAUCUUCACCAAUCCCGUCUCCACGCCCUGCGGCCACAGCUUCUGCCUCACGUGCAUCACCUCCUAUUGGGAGGGCCAGAGCAAGAUCUGCCUGUGUCCUCUCUGCAAGGAGAACUUUCGCAAGCGUCCUGAGCUCCACAUCAACCACACUCUAAAGGAGAUCACCGAGCAGUUUAAACGCAUGGCCGAGACUUCCGUGAGUCCUAGGAAUGCGCUCGGAGACUCCCUGGCAGCCCCGUUCUCUCCGCUGAAGCUCGCGGGACAGUCUCGACCGCCGGAGUAUUCCGAACAGCUGAUGAAAGAGAUCAAGAGCCGCUUUCAAAGAUCGACAUCCAGCGAGCUUUUGUCAUCUCAGCAGCCGUCGGCAGCGUCAGAUGAUGCUCCUCCUCCCGGGAUGGCGAGGUGUUAUAGCGUGAGUGGCACCAACGAAGGGGGUUCAGGUGGUCAACAGUGUCCCAAACAUAGACAGUGUUUGGAACUGUUCUGCAAGACCGACCAGUCGUGCAUUUGUACUGUAUGUGCCGAGACAGAACAUCAGGGGCAUUCUGUGGGCCCGGCCAAGAGAGAGAUGAAUAUUAAGAAGUCCCAGUUGCGUAUUAUGGAGGUGGAGCUUCAAGGUUUAAUCACAGUCAGAGAGAAGAAGAUUGAGGAGAUCCAAGCAUCGCUCAUUGAAAUUCAAACCAUUGCAGAUCAAGAGAUAGCAGGUACUGUGAGUACGUUCGGCGAGUUAAUGAGCGCCGUGGAGAGGUCCCAGGCCGAGCUUCUGGAGGUGGUGGAGAUGGGACGGCGAGCGGCAGAGCUCCGCUCUCAGGCCUUCAUACGAGACCUGGAGAUGGAGAUCGCCAACCUGAGAAAAAGAAGCGGCAAUCUCAGUCAGCUCGUGCAGUCUCAAGAUCAUUUCACCUUCUUUAAGACCUACCCAGCUAAUAGUAGUUUACCUGCGAUGAAGAACUGGGCAGACGUGGCUUUGACCCCUGACCCCACCGCAGGAGCUGUUCUGAAAAAUGUCACUCAGGUGGUGAGGCAGAUUCAAGAAAGUAUGAAGAAACUGCCAGAGACCUGUUUGCACACAGAAAACUCACUGGAAUCAAAACUGUGGAGACUGCAGGAAUAUGCCAUGGACGUGACCCUAGAUCGAGAUUCAGCCCAUCCGCGUCUGAUCAUCUCUGAGGACGGUAAACAGGUGCGCUGCAGUGACCGCUACCAAAACGUGCCGGACACAUCGGAGCGCUUUGACCGCGUGGUGUGCGUUCUCGGUCGCCCAGGUUUCAACUCUGGCCGCCAUUACUGGGUGGUCCAGGUGGGUGAGAAGACGGACUGGGAUCUGGGAGUGGCCAGCCAUUUUAUUAACAGAAAAGGAAAAAUAGCCGCCAACCCAGCGAAUGGAUUUUGGUUUCUAAGUCUACGUGAUAAGCACGAAUACAUCUUUCGUGCCGAACAAUCUACUACUAUAUCCCUGCAACAAAAACCCCAAACCAUCGGUGUGUUCGUGGACUACGAAAAAGGCCAAGUGUCUUUUUAUAAUGCAGAUACAAGGUCGUUGAUUUUUACCUUCACAGGCACAUUUGCAAGCGUUUUGUAUCCUUUCUUUAGCCCAUGCACCAACAAAUCUAGUAAAAAUGAAGCACCUCUCAUCAUAUGUCCUGCCGGUUCUGCUGAAAGAAGCUGGCUGACUGAAAAAUAAAAAUAGAGUUUAUUUUAAUUAUUUUAAUAAACUAUAGUGUGGGGUAUCUCGUGCGCUACACUCUUAAAAAAGGGUGCUUCAAAAGGUUCUUUGAUGCUGAUAGAAGAACCAUUUUUGGUUCCACAAAGAACCAUUCAGUAAAAGGAACCAUCUCUUUCUUACUUUUUAUAAUCUAAAGAACCUUUUUUCGCCACGAAGAACCUUUUGUGAAACAGAUGUUAAAGUUCUUUAUGGAACCAAAAGGUUAUAUGGCAUCAAAGAACCAUUUGAAGCACCCUUUUUUUAAGAGUGUGUGCCAUACAGUGUUGGGUAAAUUACUCUCAAAACGUAAUUAAUUACUAAUUUCAUAUUCAAUAGUGUAAUUAGAUUACUGUACAAAUUACUCUCUCCAAAAAGUAUUUACUUACUUAUUACUAAUUACUUUCUAUAUCAACCUUGAUUAGUUAAGUGAUUCAAGGAUAGGCAUGAAAGGGCUCUUUUAAUUCAUUCAAAUAAAUAAUAUUAAACUACAUAAAGUAGUAUUAUUAACUGACCAAAGUAUUACAAAUGUGAGAAUUAUACAUUAAAGCACAGAUUUUAAAGUUAGACUCUGAAUUUUGAUGUCAAUUCCACUAUUGCACACACACAUACUAUAUUACACAAAGUAUUUAGUUUAAUUACAUCAAAAGUAACUGUAAUUAAAUUACAGAAAAAACAAGAGUAAUCCCUUACUUUACUUUUUCAAGGGAAAAGUAAUUUAAUUACAGUAACUAAUUACUUAGUAACUAGUUACACCCAACACUGGUGCCAUAAAAUGUAAAAGUAGGCUGGGUAGCAUACCAUAAAAAGGGUUUUUUAAAUUCGGUGGGGUUGGAAGGGGCAAUUGUUUUACAUAACAAAAUGUAACUUUUUGAUUUGUUUGUUAUAUGUUCAUGCUAAAAAUGAAACAAAAAACUGUAACCCUCAGAUGUAAGAAUGAUUUGGGGCGCUGACUGCAAAAUGACCACUGUACGUUUGUGUAUUAUGGUAAAAGAAAAAAAUAAAUGUAACUACAU